CGUCGGGGGCGGGUCUCUUGUCUCUCCGCACGGCCCGUUCUCCCUGGCCUGUUUUCCCGGCGCCUUUGGGCUGACGUGUCCGCAGUUCCUCAGCAUCUUGGCGAGUCCGGCAGUGAUGGCGGACGCCUGGGAAGAGAUCAGGCGGUUGGCGGCUGACUUCCAGCGGGCGCAGUUCGCCGAGGCCACACAGAGGCUGUCAGAGCGGAACUGUAUUGAGAUUGUGAAUAAACUGAUUGCUCAGAAACAGCUAGAAGUAGUUCACACACUUGAUGGAAAAGAAUAUAUUACUCCAGCCCAAAUUAGUAAAGAAAUGAAAGAUGAGCUACAUGUCCGGGGUGGUCGAGUAAACAUUGUUGAUCUACAACAGGUAAUUAAUGUUGACCUGACUCAUAUUGAAAAUAGAAUUGGUGACAUUAUUAAAUCAGAAAAGCAUGUUCAGCUAGUGUUGGGACAACUGAUAGAUGAGAACUAUUUGGAUCGGUUAGCAGAAGAAGUAAAUGACAAAUUGCAAGAAAGUGGUCAGGUAACCAUUUCCGAAUUGUGUAAAACCUAUGAUCUUCCUGGAAACUUUCUGACACAGGCACUAACUCAGCGACUUGGUAGAAUUAUCAAUGGACAUCUCGAUCUUGAUAACAGAGGAGUAAUUUUUACUGAAGCUUUUGUAGCUCGACAUAAAGCACGUAUCCGUGGACUAUUCAGUGCAAUUACACGGCCUACAGCAGUGAAUUCUUUGGUUUCAAAAUAUGGGUUUCAGGAGCAGCUUCUUUACUCCGUGCUUGAAGAACUUGUUAAUAGUGGACGCUUACGAGGCACUGUUGUUGGUGGGAGACAGGAUAAAGCUGUGUUUGUCCCUGACAUCUACUCCAGGACACAGAGUACUUGGGUUGAUUCCUUUUUCAGACAAAAUGGCUAUCUAGAAUUCGAUGCUUUGUCCAGACUUGGAAUCCCAGAUGCUGUAAGCUACAUAAAGAAGAGAUAUAAGACUACACAGCUCUUGUUUUUGAAAGCUGCUUGUGUUGGUCAAGGACUCGUGGAUCAGGUGGAAGCAUCAGUAGAGGAAGCUAUCAGCUCUGGAACAUGGGUUGAUAUUGCACCUCUGCUACCUAGUUCUUUAACAGUUGAAGAUGCGGCCAUGUUGCUGCAGCAGGUGAUGAGAGCAUUCAGCAAACAAUCAUCAGCUGUAGUCUUCAGUGACACUGUUGUAGUCAGUGAGAAAUUUAUAAAUGACUGUUCAGAAAUGUUCAGUGAACUGAUGCACCAGAAAGCUGAAAAGGAAAUGAAAAAUAAUCCUGUACAUUUAAUCACUGAAGAAGAUCUAAAACAAGUCUCCAUUUCAGAAGGCAUUAAUACAAAUAAAAAGGAUAAAAAAGAGGAGCGAAGAAGGAAGGCAACAGAGGGCAGCGGAAGUGUGAGAGGAGGAGGUGGGGGCAAUGCCAGAGAGUACAAAAUUAAAAAAACUAAGAAGAAAGGAAAAAAAGAUGAUGAUAGUGAUGAUGAAUCUCAGGCAUCUUACACUGGUAAGAAGAAGCCAGAGAUCAUUUUUAUGUUCCAGGAUGAGAUUGAGGAUUUUUUAAGAAAACGUGUACAAGAUGCCCCCGAGGAGUUUAUUUCUGAACUUGCAGAAUACUUAAUAAAACCUCUCAAUAAGAUGUAUCUGGAGGUGGUACGUUCAGUAUUCAUGUCUUCAACUUCUGCUUCUGGAACUGGCCGAAAACGCACAAUCAAGGACUUGCAAGAAGAGGUUUCAAACUUGUACAAUAAUAUUAGAUUAUUUGAAAAAGGAAUGAAGUUUUUUACAGAUGACACCCAGGCUGCUCUUACUAGGCACUUGCUGAAGACAUUAUGCACGGAUGUCACUAACCUCAUCUUCAACUUCUUAGCUUCAGAUUUAAUGAUGGCAGUAGAUGAUCCUGCAGCCAUUACAAAUGAAGUAAGAAAAAAAAUUAUAAGUAAAUUGUCAGAAGAAACUAAGGUAGUUCUUACAAAACUCCAUAACUCUCUGAAUGAAAAGAGUAUAGAAGACUUUCUCUCUUGUCUGGAUUCUGCAGCAGAAGCUUGUGAUAUUAUGGUGAAAAGGGGAGACAAAAAAAGGGAAAGACAGAUAUUAUUUCAGCAUCGGCAAGCGCUGACUGAACAGCUAAAGGUCACAGAGGACCCUGCUCUUAUUCUGCACCUCACAUCGGUCCUGUUGUUUCAGUUCUCAACCCACAACAUGCUUCAUGCUCCUGGAAGAUGUGUCCCACAGAUCAUUGCUUUUCUUAACAGUAAAAUUCCAGAGGAUCAGCAUACUCUUUUGGUAAAGUAUCAAGGUUUGGUUGUAAAGCAGUUAGUCAGUCAAAAUAAGAAGACUGGUCAGGGAGAUGAUCCCUCGAGUGAUGAAGUAGACAAAGAACAAGAUGUCACCAGUGCUACCCGUAAAGAGCUUCAAGAACUUUCUUCAUCCAUCAAAGACCUUGUUUUCAAAUCCAGGAAAUCAUCUGUAACAGAAGAGUAAUGUUAUAUGGAUUUACUUUUGUUGCAUUAUAAGCAUUUUCCCCUGAAGUUAAAAGUGAGUGAUCACAAAAAAUAGUCAUUGCACAAGUCCCCACUCUCCCAGCAACCCCCCAUACAUACAAUUGAGCUAAACAUCCAUGUUGUACUGAAUGUAAAUCUUAUAAAGACGUUAGCUUUUGUAAAGUGAGUUUUCCAUGGAAGUUUCCCUUUUUAGUUUCUGAUAGGACAUUUGCACUCACCAAAUGGACCGAGGGAGGGAAAGUGAGAAAGCACCCCUCAGGGGGAAUGGCCACACCACAAUCCCUUCUUUUCCAAUCUUCUUUUGGGAUUUUGGACACACAGGCACAUGUUCCCAGAGCACGCCCCUCAAAUUCGCCAGAGUAAGGACUUGAACCACACACCCAGCCAUGUGGGAUUCCAGUUACCCUAACUACCACACCACACCACUGACUAUCCCAGAAGAUUUUUUUUUUUUUUACAUAAUUCUAAAAUUUAACAUUUCUGAUUUAGUUUGUUUCUCUUCAGAUACUGAUUGAAAAUAAAUGUUCUGAUAUCUCUAGGAAAGGAUUCUUUUGUUAUGCUUUUAG